AUGGCAGCUUACCACGUUCGCUCCAACAGUUUUCCCUCUAGGAAACACCCUCUCAUUUCUGAGUUCAAUGAGCAGUUGUGCAGAUUGAGGUCUUCUGAAGAAGCCUCUUCAUCAUCAACAUCCAUAGCCUCAAAACUAAGUGGUCUUCAAGAUCUCCAUGAAUGUGUUGAUACACUGCUUUUGCUACCCCUAAAUCAACAAGCAUUGUCCAAAGAGCAGAAUGAAAAACGAGUUGAUAUGCUUUUGGAUGGAUCUCUGAGACUCUUGGAUCUGUGCAACAAUGUUAAGGAUGCCUUGCAACAGACAAAGGAAUCCACACAUGAACUACAAUCAAUUUUGCGCAGAAAGCGAGGAGGUGAAAUGAGUCUCUCAAGUGAAGUUAAGAAAUUCUCAGCCUCUAGGAAAGUGGUUAAGAAGGCAGUCCUCAAGGCCAUGGAAAACAGAUGCAGCCUCAGUUCCCUAAAAAAAGAACAAGACACCGUUGAAAUCGUUAGUAUGUUGAGAGAAGUUGAAUCAAUCACUCUCAUCGUGUUUGAAUCAAUGCUUUCCUUCAUUUUUGGAUCAAAGUCUCAAUCAAAAUCAAGUGGCUGGUCAUUACUUUUCAAGAUGAUGAACACCAAAAGAGUAUCUUGUGAAGUUAUCAACGAAUCCAAUGGCUUUGCAAACGCUGAUGCUGCAUUGAAUUUGCUCAUCAGUCAGAAGAAAGUCAAGACAACAGACAACAAGCUCGAAGAUAAGGCGCAAAACCAACUACAAAACUUGGAGUUGUGCAUUCAAGAUCUUGAAGAUGGAGUAGAGAGCCUUUACAGGCGUUUGAUCAAAACAAGAGUUGCUAUGCUCAACAUCCUCAACCACUAA